GUAAAAUGUUUCUAAGUCAGACAGUUGCAGUCCAUGGAAAUGAUAAGGCAUUUCAGAGCUCAGUUAACACCCAUGGACACCACCAAGGACCCGUGCCAGAAUGUGAAGUGCAGCCGCCAUAAGGUGUGCGUCGCUCAAGGCUACCAAAGGGCCAUGUGUGUCAAUCGCAAGAAACUGGAGCACAGAGUCAAACAGCCGGUGAAUCUGGAAGCCCAUGAAAGCAGCUGCAAGCCUUGUCCUGUGGCUGCCUCCUCACCUGUAUGUGGCUCCGACGGACACAACUACGCCUCCGAGUGUAAGCUGGAGCAGCAGGCCUGCCUCACAGGCAAAGACCUGAACGUCAUGUGUGCUGGAUUUUGCCCCUGCACCACAACCACCAUUACCGACACAAAUGCUGACACCAAACGUGAGAGCUGCACUGGCCAGGACCUGGCAGACCUAGGCGACCGCCUGAGAGACUGGUUCCAACUCCUUCAUGGAAACGCAAAGCAGAAUAACUCUGGCAAGCUUGGAGCUGGCACCGCUUCAGGUUAGA